AUGCUGCGCAGCCUGCUCGGAAAGGCUACCGAUCCUCCAGUCUCCUCUACCAGCUCCUCCAAGUCCCGCCGCCGUCAGAGAGACUCUGAUGACGUUUCCACCAUUUCUUCGUCUUCUCCCCGCCGUCGCAGAGGUGACCACGACCACCCCUCUUCUUCUUCAAGCUCCAGGCGCAAGUCGUCUUCCACUACUACUCCUCACACUUCCCGAGGUGACGAUCGAGGAAUUGGUCGAGUAAACGUAGAUGACCAUCACGCCCCUGCUUCAUCCGCCCAUUCCCCUGCCAGAAAUGGUCGCGAUAGCACCGCUAGAUCAACGGCGUCUAGCUAUGCAACAGCUGAUCCAACGGGGAGAACCCAGGAGGACUAUGAUGGCUCUGUGCUGAGGCCAGAACAUGGGCGCGACCAUGAUGGGCGCUUCGAUGCACCCAAUACUCGUCGCGAGCGGUCCAGGAGCGCUGAUCGAGCUGAUCGAAGGUAUAGGAGAGAGAGGGAACGUGAAAGGGAUAUCAAGCCACAUUCGCACCGGCGACCUAGGUCUGAAGUCAUUGUUAACAAUCCAAAUGACUACUCCCGUAGUCGAGAUGGCACUAUGUCAUCACCUGGAGAUCAAGGGUUUGUGACGGAAAUCUCUCAGCCUGGAUUUAUGCAAUUUCCCAUGCAACAUGACAAUACCUUUCCUGGUGCAGCGCCCGGAACCGGACCGUUAGAUACCCAUCAAAUGUCUGUUUCGCACGCUUCUCCAUACCCACCUCAACAGUUCCCGGCCGGCCCGCCACCAGCGGAUCCAACGGUUCCAAUUCCAGCCCCAGAUCUAGGUGAGGCAGCGGAAUAUUAUGGGGACCAAGGGGAGUCUGUAGCGACCCAGCCUGGCCUGAGACCCAAUCCGCCAUCCCUCAUUGUUGGAGCUGAACCACAUUUGAUGGCUGCGUCAGCAACGCCAAAUCCCCCCGCUGAACCAUCGUCUAUGGGACAAGUGGGUCAUGCGGCCGACUUCUACGGCGAUUCUUCACCAGAAGCUACUAAUCAACAGCAGCAACAUACCGAUGGCCCCGGUUUUCCUGCCGAUCUUCUGCCGGACAGACCCCCUAAACCAUCCAAACCAUCCAAGCCGGGAGGGCCAGGAAAACCGUCAGUCGCUGUUGCGGGAGUAGCAGGGGCAGCUGCAACUUACGGAAUCAGUUCAUUGAUGGGAAGUUCCAAUGAACACCACUCUACUUCCCCACCGUUUUCUCCUCACCACGAAUCAACACUGCAUCCCGCCCAGCAGCCAGACAAUCCUCCGUUCAAUGGUGGACGCCCACCAAAACCAAACAAGCACCAUUCCAUGCCUAUUGUAGGUGCCGCCGCACUGGGCGCUGCCGCAGGAUAUGCCGCAGCGACAAGCCAAACGACUGUCUCCCCGCAGAGACCCAGCAUGUACUCUGGUAUCGUACACCAGCAACCCUUUCAAACGGCCCAGCCAUAUCAACCAGGUUCCUUAGCCUACCACCAACGCCAGCAUGGUCCAUUUAGAAAGUUUGUAAAUUUCUGGAAAGACUCAGAGGCUGUCGCCCAGUAUGAGGAAUACUCCGAAUACACCGGUAUUUGCAAAUAUUGCUUCGAACCGGGAACUACUUCAAGGGAUGCGCCGCGUAAACACCGCCCUGCCAGACUUAGGUAUUCUGAUGAGUACCGUGGUAGACAAUCUAGAGUGGAAAAGUUGAGCAGAUAUCCCUCAUCAUCUGGUGACGAGAGCCGUCGUACAAAGUCUAACAAGAAAUCUUGGCUUGCCGCCGGCCUUGCUGGUUAUAUUACUAAGUCACUUCUUUCUGACGGAAGCAAAAAAGAGUUUCAUGAUCUAAACAGUAUUCAUUCUGAGCGACCUGAUAGUUUUACGACAAGUACUAGCGCUUCAUCUCUAGGGAAGAAGAAUCGUUCGUCUGAGUCACCUGCAAAUUACUCUAUUCGCAGUCGCUCUCCGAUGGGACUUGACUCGCGACACCGAAAGGAUGAUGCAAGUUGGCAUAGUGGUUCAUAUGAAACAUCCCUCCACGGGAACGGUCGACCAAAAUUCCGAUCACGAUCGCGUUCCCGAUCUAGGUCUCGUGAGGAGAGACAUUCCGGGUUGAGAACAGCAGCCACUGCUGCCGGUGCUGCAUCCGUCAUAUCAUCUGGAUCAAAUAUGAGCCACACCAGAUCCUCUAUGAAAUCCCGCGGCAGCCGAUAUUCUUCAUCGAGUGGAUCCACAAUUGAUAUUUCUCGCAACCAUAGUAAACCUGGUCUGGCUGGACUCACAUCUUUCUUCAGUGCACCAUCAGAAAAGAGACCAAAGUUGUAUGCGAAGGUGGAUGGUAAGAAGGCGAAAAGAAAAAAGAAGGCAAAAGGAUUUUUUAGCUUCUCUUUCUCUUCCUCUGAAGGAUCAUCCGCGUCUUCGUUUUCGUCCUCAUCCGAUGAUGCUGAUCUGGCCUUCGGGACGGGAUAUAUCAAAUCACCACGAUCUGCAAAAAGUAAAUCCCAAUCAAAAAAUCGUACGGAUGACCACGAUGUUGAUGCGGCACUCCUUGGACUAGGAGCGACAGCCGUGGGCCUUGCGGCAACGGCUUCGCAUAUUAAGGGGAGACGCAGACGCGACCGCCAUUCUUCUGCCAGCAGCUCCCAAUCACCGCAUUCGAUCUAUGGGCGUGAUCCUAAGCCUAUCGGCAUUUCUGAGCGGACUGAUGAUGAUGGGUGGGAAUCCGUAUCCGAUGAAUCUUCCCCGUCUAGUGUGGAUUCUGCGUUGGCAUAUGGUGGACGUGCGGCGCCAUCUCUCUCGUCCGACUCGGGUACCUCUAAAUGGGGUUGGAGGUGGGGCGGCAAGAAAAAGAGUUCAAAAUCUACAAAGUAUUAUGACCAGCCUCUGGACUUGGGGCGGUACCCUCAACAGUCCACGGCUGGGUAUCCGCCACAUCAGACCCCUAGCAGCGUGGGCAGCUUGCCGUCAACGCAAAAUGUUUUCCCAACACCCACGCAAAACCCAUCGUUAUAUGACGUGGAAAACCAAAACUAUUCUUCUCCACCAGACAUUCAACCACAAGCACCCCCGUUAAUGGCCCGGGCACCUGGCCCCGCUCACAUCCAACAUCCUCAACCAAUUGUCCCCUUAUCUCAAGCACUUUACACAUCGCAGGCUGAACUAGCUCAAUCCUACAAUGUUCCAAUCGGAGGUCAACUUGCCUUCCCGGGAUCUUUUGAUGAAUACGACGAUCGUCAUGUACCUAUCCCCGAAUCGAAAAUCAGACACGGAAUUGCUCCAUUAAUGGAGAAAUCAUCAAGGGACGCUGGCUACUACGUUGACAAUGGUAACAACCAUUCCCCGCCACGCAGUGGAGGACGGCAUCUUAGUUCCCGCAGAAGAGACUCUUCGCCUAUAAUUUCGCACGCGCGCGAUGGAAGCCCUAGGCCAAAACAACCCAGGCGUAGUACUAUGUCUCAAGUUCAAUUUGAUCUUACAAAGGAGCAGGAGGAUAAAGAGCGCCAGCAGUUGCGGUAUGAGGAGGAAAAGGAAGCUAGACGGCGUGCAAUGGAAUUACAUGUGCUGGCGGAGAAAGAAAGGAUGGAUAGGGACGACGAAGAUCGUAGUGUGGAAUGGGAACAGAGCCGUGAGCAUGAGCGCCAGCGUGAGAAUGUGGAUAGGAAAUCUCGUGAAUCGACUUCAAGUGGUAGACGUAGCGAUGUGACUGAAGCGUCUAGUUCAUCCUGGGUUUCCCCUGUUGCGGCUGUGGCUGGUACUGCGGCUAUCACGUCCUUGGAACGGCGGGAAAAGAGGAGGAAGGAGAGGCGCGGGUACGCCGGUGAGAGAGAGCAGGAGAUUGAGGAAGAUAAGGAAGGGGACUGGUUUGAACCUGUUGCCGGGCCCAUUGAAGAGGGCAACGAUAAGAUCAAUAGCGUUGUCAGCACCGAGCCUGAUUUUGAUAUCAAAGACAUCCCAACGACGAAGAUUCGCCUUGCGAAAAGAGCAGCUGAUCGCGUUAGGUCAUCGCCUGUUUAUGACAAUUAUGCAGAAUACUUCGUCCCACCAGACAGGGAAAUGGCGGCUAUGUUGGCGGAACAGGGGGUGCCUGAAAUUAAUCUUCCCUGGCCUGUUCCUCGCCUUAAUUUAAUAACGCCUACGCCGCCACCGAGUAUUGCACCAUCUGUCGUUGACGAGAAGGGCGGAUGGCCACCACCUAUACCACCUAAGGAUCUUUCGGAUUCGCAGCGUGACAUUUCCCCGUCUCGAAUUGGCGAUCCUGUUAUCGAUAUGGAUGACAAGUGUGUCCGUGAGAUUGACGCUGCGGAUAUCAUCUCUGAACAUGUUAAAGCUGCGGACACGCUGCACGAUCCUGAGUUAACAACAUCAGCCUUGCCACAACCACAACCACAUGAAGAAAGGGACGAUAGUGCAACGAAACCGCUUGAAGAAGAACUGAAUGAACAACCGCCCAGUGUUGUGACUGAAGUUGAAGAUGACUCCGUCGAUGAGGAAAUACCGCGGCACGGGCACAUUCCCGGUGGCUUUGGAAACGAUUUCGAAUUCGCUGCAACGCUCGCUGCUGGAGCGACGCUGGCAGGCUUCAGUUCCGCUCUUGUCACGGAGGAUCCCACGUACCACCAACGCGACUCGCCACCUGGAUCAGAGGAGGAGGGCUUUUUUGCUUCCCCGAUUGCAGGGGCGAUUCUAGAACGACGGGGUAGCCCUCCUGGUGGUGGGAAGUAUACUACUAUGACCUUCGGAUACGUUGAGGGUGGGGAGGUGGGGCAUUCUGAUGAUGAUGGCUUGAAAACUGAGGGAAGCACCGGGGCGGUUGUUGUUGAUGAGCUCCCCGAGGAUACUGGCGGCGAUAGAGGAGAGAUUCUGGAACGCAGUGGGAAGGUAAUAGACGCUGGUUUCAUUACGACUACUGCUGAAGUAGCCGAGGGGAGUGAUGAGAAGCCGGCAAAACUCUCGAAGAAGGAGAAGCAGAAGAAUGAUACGGCAGCUCAGCGGGAAUCUCAGGGCCGUGAUGAAGCCUCUAAAUCUGCGGAGAAGCCCCCAUUUGAAUCAGUUGCCCUACUUGAUCCACUCGCAGAGGAGCGGAAGGAGUUUGAGAUUUUAGAAUCUCCUCUUGCAGAAGCGGGAGGGUCUGUACAUACCACCCCAACGACUGACAAACCUUCCAGAAAUUAUGAUACAGUGGAUGAUAACGAAUUCUAUGAUGCUGAGGACGGAUCGCCGCGCCAUUUAGAUGAAGUCAAUGUGUCCAGCAGGACGUGGAACGGGGCGAAUCCGAAGAGACGGAAAAGCCAUCUAGAACCGACCAGGAUGAAUCCACUGCAGAGGGUCAAGACCGACGUUCCAUGCCAGGGAACUUUUCUGAAGAAUCCAAGCAGUCGAAGAGAGCGAAGAAAAAGGCGAAGAAAGCUGCCAAGGAUGCUGCCUUGA